UGAUGGGCUGCCUGCGAUGACCCUGACGGCUGUUUGCCUGAGGCGGGAGUGUCUGAAGACUGACUUGCUGGAGAUCUGCUCCGAUGGCGGAUGGUGCGAGCCAUGCUCAAUACAGACUCGGCAUCGCGGCGGAUGUGUGGUGCCAUGUGCGGACGGGACGGCAGCGCCGAUGGAGCCGGCGACGGCCGGGACAUGUCUGCGAGCGUCUCCGUGUCUUUGGAGUGUGUCCUUCCUUGCUGUGGCAUGUGUCUGUGGCAGACUUAGAGGCCGGCUCGGCUGUGGAAGGCGACCUCUCCGCCAUGUCCUCCGAACGAUCUGCCGUUUCGGAGUUGUCGGCGAGACACGGGCGAGACACGGGCGAGAGCGUCCUCGCGCGCGUCACGUGCCGGGGCGGAUGCGAAAUUGCAUCGGCGCUGUGGGGCUUUGCUGGCUGCGAUCGCAUCGUCGGUGUGAUCGCCUCGCUGAUGCAAUCGCAUCGCCGAUGCGGUUGUGUCGCAGCAACCAAACCCCUCUACACAGGUGCCGCCACAGACAAGUCGCGCUGUGAGCUCCGGCGUAUCAUGGGGGGAAGAUUCCCUUUCAGCGAGGGGCGCCGGACACAUCCCCGACAGGCGGGCCCGGCCUGGCUCCUCCGCAUGCGCAAUGCGCGGAGGAUAUCUGCGUGACGGCGAUGGAUCCGGAUCCUGCGACGGCCCGGCGCUGCUCGUCUGCGCGAGCCGCUGGCAAAGCGCAUGCUGGUCUGGCUUGGGCGCGGCUCACAGCCCAGCC